GAUGUUGUCCUCAUGAACGCACGACUCGCGUACAACCUCAAUUCUCAAUUUGGCCCACCCUCUGAACAAAUUGAUAUCACAGAUUUCAUUCAAGAUGCUUUGAAAGUGAAGGCAAUUACAUAUAUACCAUCCGAGGAAAUACAGGAAUCUCUGGCCGAACAAUGCAGCAUCGAAGACAUCAAAUCGUCCAUAUUGAGCGUAUGGAACGACACGGCAAAGUCGUCGUAUCUCUGUAAAGAACACGAAUCCACAGUGAUUCAUUUGUACGGAAGCUCUAAAUCAGCGAGACCCCGCAAAAAAGUCCCCAACGAAUCACCACCUGUUUCGCAAGCCAUCGUUGAACUCCAAUCGAGAUUGGACAGAAUAUCAUUAACAAGUUGGAAACUACCACCCGAAGCCUCAUUGUUCGUCCGAGCACCGAAGAACUCUGACCUGAAUAUUUACUCUGAAAUUAAGAAAACCUCGUUGGAUGAGACUCCGGGAGAUGUGUCCCCUCAAGCCAUCAUUGCAUACAGUGUUCAUAAUCGACUCCCAUGGCGACUGAGUCAUUUGACACGGAGCUCUCAGCACUGUGUUGUAUCCUCGCAAACCCUGGGCGAUCUCGUGGAGGCCAUACCGUGUAUAUCCAAUGAACUUCCGACAGAAAAGCGUGAUGGUUCUCGUGUCGUCGGUUAUGAUGCAGACGUCCUGAAAGAGCGAUUAUGCCAGCAAACUUGUAGAACAUGCCAAAUUCCACAAGCAAUCCGCGAAAUUGACAAAGGCGAAGAAGGCUUCUACUUCGAUGCACGACACUCCUCUGCAAAGCCUUUGUUUAAUAGUCGGCGAGCCAUACUGGCUGCUGCAUGAAGGAAGCUGUGAACAUUUCGUUGUGAUUGACGGAAUCAGGCUCAAACAUAGCACAGACCCACUUUCCGGAUACCCGCUUACAUUGCACCGAGAGCCAACCGUUCUAGAAACAUGUUUGGCUUGCUCAAGGGCACCUGCCAUAUGGUCUAUUAUUGGAGACGUAAGACUGGGAGAAAGUCCUUACUUUCUAUGCGCUUGGUGUUGGAGGAAUAUUGGGGAGUCUUCCGAUAGUGACGUUAUUGUUAUCCCUCUACCGAAGUACGCACUUGGAUGGUUAUGAACACACCGCCCCCAUGUACUGUGAUUGAGUUUAUCGACACCUUCCUGAUUAGGAAGUAUGGUUUUUAGCGCCCAUUACUUACAUACUUUACAUGUACAGUAUAUCGAUGAACCCACCUUUGGGCG